AUGAUCGUCGUGGGAUUGUCUGGCGGAAUUGCCUCGGGCAAGUCGACUGUGUCGCGGCUUUUACAGGGCCACAAUGUCCCCGUGGUUGAUUUGGACGAGAUCGCGAAGGAGGUCGUGCAGCCCGGCACGUCGACGCUCAAGCGGCUCGCACACACCUUUGGCGACGACAUCCUGAACGCCGACGGCUCGCUGAACCGCGCCGAGCUCGGCCGCCGCGCAUUCGGAAACAAGGAAGAGACAAAGAAGCUGAAUGCGAUCACGCACACGGCAAUCCGGCGCGUCAUGGCGUGGCGCCUCGUCAAGCUCUGGCUAUUAGGCACGCGCCUUGUUGUCGUCGACACGCCGCUCCUGAUCGAGGCGGGCCUGUACAAGUGGUGCUCGCAGACGGUACUGGUGUGGUGCACGGACAAGCAGCAGCUGCACCGGAUGCUCCAGCGCGACGGGCAGAGCAAAGGCCUCACCGAGGAGGACGCGCGCGCGCGUCUCGCCGCACAGCUUCCGCUCGCGUCCAAGCUCGCGUACGCGGACAUAGUCAUUGACAACUCGAGCGAGGCCGACGGCGCGUCGGAGCUCGUGCGCACCGAGGUCACGACGCUCGUCUCGCGCUGGCGGCUCGAGCAAGCCGAGCCGCUGCACCUCCUCUCGUGGCUGCUCUGCUGGCUCGUGCCUCCAAUCGGCCUCAUGUGGGGCUACGUGGUGGCGGUGGCGCAUGCACGGCGCAUCGCCUACCAGCAGGCGGAGCAGCGCUUCGCGGAGAAGGAGGAAAAGGACGUAUAG